CUGAGGGAGAAAGAGGAAGGGCUGCGGCCGCGGAGGCCGGCCGGGGUCGGGGGCGGUCGGCGGCCAGGGGCUCGGGGUCCCCGCUCGGAGGAAGGUCGCACGGCGCCGCGCCGCGCCGAGCCGCGCCGCGCCGCGCAGGGUGUCCGCCCGCCGGCACACCCACGGGCUCGGUGAGGGGCGUGGGCGAGGGCUCCGCGCCCCUUUAGCCUCUCCCGGAGUCCUAGCAGGAGGACCGAGGCGUAGGAGUGCGAGUUGACAAUGAGGCGGUGAAGGUAACCGGGGCCGGGGAGUCGGAGGGCGCUCAGUCACCCCCGAGCGGGAGGGAGCUGCCUUCCUGCGACCCAGGAAACGUCCGCGAAGCAGCCGCGUCGGAUUCGGUGUGGAGUUGUUGGCUUCUUCAAUCAGGACCAAAAGAAGCUUGAGGGGUUUGUUGCUGUGCUCAGAGAAUUUGUCAGUAGCCGUGCGGUUAGUGGAAAUACCUGUUCUGUCCUGCAGAAAUCGAGGUUUGUUGCUAGACUUUUUAGGUUAAGGUAGAUAUUUACAGGUAGCUCUUAAUGCGAGUGUUAAGUUUUAACGUUAAAAAAAAAUACCAGGAAGUAUAGGGCCUUCAUUUAAUUUGCUCACGUUCGAAGUGUGGGGUGACUCCAUUGUUUUGUUGUGAGCUUUCCUGUUUCUUGAUUAUUCGCAGUAUUAAUUUAGAACUCACUUGAGCCGUAACGUGCCAGCUGACAGACUUCAUUAUGAGGGUUCUUAACAGUUUUUAAACCUACUUAAUCCAAACUUUAUUCCACUUGACUUUUCAUCUUUAAUUUUCUUGUUUUAAGGAACUUCUCAACUAAAAAGAACAUACUGGGAAAAAGAUUCCAUUUCCUUUCCCCUGUGUGUGUGUGUGUGUGUGUGUGUGUGUGUGUGUGUGUGUGGUUUGCGUGCAGAAGCUAUCAUGUGAUUUUGAGAUUUCCAUAGAAGUUCUUUCCAUAAUGUUACAAAGCUUUAUUAGAGUGAAAACCCACAUUUUGAUAAUUUGUUACUAUGUGCUUUUAAAUAAAAGUGUUUAUGACAACAGAAACUAUGUUUUCAUGUUAAACAAUUUUUAGUUACAUUUGUGAGAAAUGAGAAGGAAGCCGUUUUACUCUGAAAAGAAGCUUAAAUUGGUUUUAAACUUUGAAUUAUUUUACUUUUGUCAUUCUCUUGUCAUUUAACCUUGGGCAAAUGACUUCAUCAUCGCCUCAUUUCCUUGCCAUCUAAGAGUCUGAUAGUAUUUUAAGAAUUACUGAGGGUGUUCAUGGAUUGUUCUGACACCAUAGGAAAAAUUCCAUAGGAAAAAUUAGGAGAGUAGAGUCGUUCCUUGAUUAUUAGGGAUGAUAUAUUUUGUCGAUUUUUUCCUAUUGACUGGUGUCUGUUGGCGUUUCACUAGAAAUAGAGUUCUUUAAGAUACGAGGUCUUACUGUGUUGCCCAGGCUUGCUUCCAACUCCUGGGCUCAAGUGAUCCGUCUGUCUCCUAGUCCCAAAUAGCUGGGCCUAUAGAUAGGCUUACGACAUUAUGCCCAGGCUUAGAGUUUGUUGGUGAAGAAAGGUAUAAUCAAAAUAAUUUUGGUGAAAAUGCACCAUAGCAGAGGUUAUACUUUGAUGAGUUUCACUUUGGUAUUCCAUUUCUACCGAUAACUGGAUGUAGUUAUACUGAUGCUCAGAAUAAGGGAACAGCAAUUUACUUUUAUAAAAGAAGAGUCACUUAGCAGAUAGUCCUAGGUAGUUGUUUUUACUUUCAAAUUAGAAAUAGAAUAGAAAAAUUGAUUGAAUCAAACCAUUUAGAUUUUUAAUUGUUUCUUUUAUUUUUGUUGAGGGGCUUCAGUGUCAUUUUUUACAUACAGCUUAAUUGUAAGUGCCACUGCUUUGACUUCCCUCACCCACCAAUGGGGCUGAGACUUCAAUAGAGGAAAAAUGAUAUAGUACUAAAAAGAUAGUAAUUAAAAUAUAAUGUAACUUGACAUUAACAUUCUGUGCUGUGACAUUAUCUUUAAAAAACAGUGUAGAGCUAAAGGCAGGAGAUCUGGCUUCUCGAUUGCAAAGCAGAUUCUGUACUGCUUGAGCCACACCUCCAGUCAAUUUGUGGUUAUUUUGGAGAUGGGGGUCUCUCAAACUAUUUGCCCAGACUGGACUUGAAUCACGGUCCUCUAAUCUCAGCUUCCCAAGUAGCUAGGGUUAUAGGCAUAAGAUACCACACCCAGCUGAGAUCUGGUUUUUAGAACUAGCUUUGCUUGCUGUGCGUUGAAUCUGUGAGUUUAUUGCUAACCUUCCCUGGGGUUUCUCAAUUAUUAAAAUGAAAAGUGGAGGAUAGAUAACUCUGGUUUACUCUAGGUCCCAAAUUUAAUAGCUUGUAUUUUUAGUUAGGUGCUUUGGUUAUUCAUUGUUGUAGUCAUCAUGAUAAAAUCUCCAGGAAGAAAUACUGUACUGAGAGUGUAAAUGCCUUCAUGAGAGAUACAUAUACAUAUGUGUAUGUGUAAACCCAUGAUGAAGCUAUAUUUGUUAUUUCAGGUAAUAAUGCUAUCCGUCAUGGAAAUUAUUAAAGCUUUGACAGCUCUCAGGUGGUACUAAAGAUGAAACUUUUAAUUAUUCCUGGUAAUGUUCUUUAAAUUAUCUUGAAUAAUUUCUUUUUCUUUCAGAAACAUGUAAUUCUGCAAAAGUCCAGAAUUGCAUUUGAGUGUCUUAUAUCUCUCUUCUUUCUUUUUUACAUCUCACAGAUUCUCUGUUACAGUUGACUCAGGUUUCUACAGGUACUCAAAAAUUACCAUUAGAUGAGGAGUGAGCUAUACUUCACCGAGCUUACAUUUUUAAAUACAGGGACUAUAUUAUUCUUACUUGGUAAGCAUUUAAUAAAUGUCUCAUGUUCUAGGUGUCAUCACUGGUCUUCAGUGAGGAAGGCAUUCUCCUUAAUGGAGUGAACAUUGUGCUUGGUGGAAACAUAAUAAACAGAAAAUAAUUUCAGGCCUUCCUUAAAGUCUCCCAUGUCUCAAUGGACUCCUGAAUAUAACAAGCUCUAUACCUUAAAAGUGGAUAUGAAGAGUGAGAUUCCUUCUGAUGCACCAAAGACACAGGAGAGUCUGAAAGGGAUCCUUUUGCAUUCACAGCCCAUUGGGGUAGCCAAAAGUUUUCCUGCAGGAGUUGAGAUGAUUAAUAGUAAAGUGGGGAAUGAAUUCUCUCACUUGUGUGAUGAUUCUCAAAAACAAGAGAAGGACAUGAAUGGUAACCAGCAAGAACAAGAAAAAAGUGUUGUGAGAAAAAAACGCAAAAGCCAGCAGGCUGGCCCUUCAUUUAUGCAGAAUUGUGUUAAAGAAAAUCAGGGAAUAUUAGGAUUGAGGCAACAUGUAGAAACACCAAGUGAUGAAGAUAAUGAUUCCUCCUUUAGUGACUGUCUGUCUUCUCCAUCAUCUAGUCUGCAUUUUGGAGAUUCUGAUACUGUGACUUCAGAUGAGGAUAAAGAAGUCUCAGUAAGACAUUCCCAGACCAUUUUGAAUGCUAAAAGUAGAAGUCAUAGUGCACGGUCCCAAAAGUGGCCUCGGACUGAGACAGAAUCUGUGUCGGGAUUGUUAAUGAAAAGACCCUGUUUUCAUAGUAGUUCAUUAAGGAGACUUCCAUGCAGAAAGAGAUUUGUAAAAAAUAAUUCCUCACAGAGGACACAGAAGCAAAAAGAAAGGAUAUUAAUGCAGAGGAAAAAACGAGAAGUGUUAGCCCGAAGAAAAUAUGCAUUGCUACCCAGUUCUAGUAGUUCCAGUGAGAAUGACCUCAGCAGCGAAUCCUCUUCCAGUUCAUCAACUGAUGGAGAGGAGGAUUUGUUCGUUUCUGCGAGUGAAAACCACCAAAACAAUCCAGCUGCUCCCUCAGGAAGUAUUGAUGAAGAUGUUGUGGUGAUAGAAGCUUCCUUCACUCCCCAGGUCACUGCCAAUGAAGAAAUUAAUGUUACCUCAACUGACAGUGAAGUGGAGAUUGUAACAGUUGGAGAAAGCUAUCGGUCUCGGUCAACCCUUGGACACUCCAGAUCUCAUUGGAGCCAAGGUUCAAGUUCUCAUACAGGUCGGCCACAGGAGCCACGAAACCGCAGUAGGAUUUCUACUGUUAUACAGCCCUUGAGGCAGAAUGCAGCAGAAGUUGUGGAUCUUACUGUUGAUGAAGAUGAACCUACUGUAGUACCAACCACUUCUGCGAGAAUGGAAUCACAAACUACUACCGCUUCCAUUAACAAUUCAAACCCAUCUACCUCUGAGCAAGCCUCUGAUUCUGCUUCAGCUGUCACCAGUAGCCAACCUUCCACAGUAUCAGAGACUUCAGCUACUCUUACAAGCAAUAGUACAACUGGUUCUUCUGUAGGAGAUGACUCAAGGAGAACUGCAUCUAGUGCUGUAACAGAAACUGGCCCUCCUGCAAUGCCAAGGUUACCUUCCUGCUGUCCCCAGCACUCACCGUGUGGAGGGUCAUCACAGAAUCACCAUGCAUUAGGACAUCCACACACAAGUUGCUUUCAGCAGCAUGGCCACCAUUUUCAACAUCACCACCACCACCACCAUACUUCCCAUCCAGCUGUUCCAGUAUCUCCUUCAUUUAAUGAACCUACUUGCCCUGUGGAAAGACCUCCACAAGUACAAGCACCUUGUGGAGCAAAUAGUACUUCUGGCACCAGCUACCAUGAUCAGCAGGCAUUGCCAGUAGACCUGAGCAACAGUGGUAUCAGAAGUCAUGGAAGUGGUGGUUUUCACGGAGCAUCUGCAUUUGACCCCUGCUGCCCUGUGUCUUCAUCCCGAGCUGCAAUCUUUGGCCAUCAGGCUGCUGCUGCCGCCCAGAGUCAGCCAUUAUCCAUAGAUGGCUAUGGAUCAAGCAUGGUUGCGCAGCCCCAGCCCCAGCCCCCUCCACAGCCCUCUCUCUCAUCGUGUCGGCAUUAUAUGCCACCUCCUUGGGUUGCACCAGUUUUUACUCCUCAUUGGGGGUCUGUGAAUGAGAAUGAAGAUGCUUCUUUGACAAGACCACUUCACCAUCAAGCUUCUGCUUGCCCUCACUCUCAUGGAAACCCUCCUCCUCAGACUCAGCCUGCACCUCAAGUGGAUUAUGUUAUUCCUCAUCCUGUACAUGCUUUCCAUUCUCAAAUAUCUUCUCAUGCGACAUCUCAUCCUGUGGCUCCCCCACCCCCGACUCACUUACCUAGUACAGCUGCACCAAUCCCUCAGCAUCUUCCUCCCACACACCAGCCGAUUUCACACCAUAUUCCAGCCGCUGCGCCUCCAGCACAGAGACUGCACCCUCAUGAAGUGAUGCAGAGGAUGGAAGUUCAAAGGAGGAGGUUGAUGCAACAUCCAACUGGUCUUUUUGUGUUCUGUGUUUCCAGGCGGGCACAUGAGCGCCCCCCACCCCAUCCACAUAGGAUGCACCCAAACUAUGGUCAUGGGCAUCAUAUUCAUGUGCCUCAGACUAUGUCCUCACAUCCUCGUCAGGCUCCAGAAAGGUCUGCCUGGGAACUGGGAAUUGAAGCUGGAGUGACCGCAGCUACUUAUACCCCUGGUGCAUUGCAUCCUCACUUGGCCCACUACCAUGCACCUCCUCGACUUCAUCACUUACAAUUAGGAGCUCUUCCUUUAAUGGUUCCUGACAUGGCAGGCUAUCCUCACAUACGUUACAUUUCGUCAGGAUUGGAUGGGACAUCAUUCAGAGGUCCUUUCAGGGGCAAUUUUGAGGAACUGAUUCAUUUGGAAGAAAGGUUAGGAAAUGUCAAUCGUGGAGCGUCCCAGGGCACAAUUGAAAGAUGUACAUAUCCACAUAAGUACAAAAAGGUAACAACUGAUUGGUUCUCACAGAGGAAACUGCACUGCAAACAAGAUGGGGAAGAAGGGACUGAGGAAGACACAGAGGAAAAAUGUACUAUCUGUUUAUCUAUUUUAGAGGAAGGUGAAGAUGUGAGGCGCCUUCCAUGUAUGCAUCUUUUCCACCAAGUGUGUGUUGACCAAUGGUUGAUUACCAAUAAGAAGUGCCCCAUAUGCAGAGUGGACAUUGAGGCCCAGCUGCCAAGUGAAAGUUGACACCAUGUUUCAGAACUCUUGCCCUCCCUCUUGUUCCCAUCCUUCCUGGUACUGCAGUCAACCAAAGAUGGCAUGACUUACCUGCGCAGAUUUGGAAGCCUUGAACUUAGAGUGCUGGCUCUGCUGUAUGGUACAACUAGUGCUAGACCUGCAACUCAUGUAUACAGUUGAUUUUCAUGUAUUUAUAAAAGCUUUUUUUUCUCCUAGAUUGGACAUUUUUUCUGUAUCAUUUGACUGUAUUUUGCAUGGUUCCUUGUAUUGCAUUUCUUUGCACAUAUUAUGGGCUUGUGACCCUAAACUUGCAGGCAAGAUUAGCUGCUUUAGUAAGUAGAAUUUUGUGGGUUUUUUUAUUUUUUACAUAGUACCAAGCCUUGAAAAUUAUGAAUUUUUUUUAUCCAUUACUAACCUUUAAUUUAAUCAAUCAUGUACUUUAGUUUAAUGUAUAAAGAUUGUCUAGAAAAUGAUAAUAUUGUGUAUUAAGACAUUCCUUAAUUAGGACAAAAUGGCUGCUGUAUAUUUACAAUAUGGAGUUCUGAGUUAAAUACCAUCCUCAGUACUGGGAACAGUAUGCAACCCAUACUCAAAUCAGAUGCAGGUGGUAUUCACAUCACCAGAGUGAUCAACAGAAAUUUCUUGGUGUAUCCUUUUCUUUCCAGCACAGUACAGAUAGAGCUGAAUAUUGAUAUUAUACAUUUAAGACUGCUGUUCUGAUUGUAUUUAUCUUUUCUACAUCAUUUAGAACUUUUAUUUCCCUGAUUCAGUUUUUGCUGCUGUGAAACAGCUUUGAUGAACACUAAAUACUAAUUUCAGUUAGCUGGAUUGUACAUACGUGCAGAUUUAACAAAAUUUUAGGGAAAUUGAAAAAGACAUGUAGAAUUUUGUUCAGUCUUCUGCUAAGCACGAAUAGCUAAGAUAUCUGCUUAUAUUAAUUUUGUGAACACAUUUAAUCAAGACUUAGAAUUUCAGUCAUUGGCAGGUAUCUAUGCAUUGGUAGAACUUCUAAAGGUCCCAGGAUUACUUUUAAGGGAUUUUUAUUAGUUUAAAGAUAAAUAAAGUCAGCUGAAUCUACAUGUCUCUUGUUUUAUUUCUCUUUAAACUUGAAAACAAUAAAUCUGCAGAUACUGUGAGGCACAAAUUAUACUGUCAACCUACUGUUGCUAUGAUUAUAGACUCCCACUUCAUACAUUACCAAGAGUCGAUCACUGAUUUAAAAAAUUUUAAUUUCUAUAGUUAAGAUUUACAGCAUAAUAUAGAGUAUAAAGCUAAGUUAACAUACUAACAUUUCUCCUUUGGAGGAAGUUUUAAUCCACUUCAGGAUGCGUAUUAUCGAGAUACUUUCUUAUACAGAAUAGCCUAAUUUUAUUUGUUUAAAUCUGCUUAAAUGCCCCAGAUUGCAAAUACAUCCAGUCAGUAAUAUCACUGUCUGUAUGUGGAAGACAUGUUCCCAUGGAUCAUAUGUGAAGAUGUCAAUAAGCUUGCAUUAAGCCACCUGCUUUGUAAGUGGAUUGAUUAAUAAAUAACUUAUAUUUCUAUUGUCUUUGUGUUUUAUAC